AUGGACGACUACAAGAGGAGAGAUCUGAAGAAUGUAAAGGUGGCCUCAAAUGACUCCAGAGACAUGCUACCCCGUUCAGGAGGAUGUAAAAACAGAUUUUCCAUUUCAUGUCAACCGCAACAGUCACUCAACGUCGAUGACAAUGACGACGACGACGACAACAACAACUUUGAACCCCACUCAGGUGGGGGCUUUGAUCUCAUCUCGGGUCAUCAUCAAAACUCCGGUGAUAUGGCCUCACGCUGCCCCAGAGGCCGACCACCUAGCUCGAUGAACAAGCCAAAGUCAUCGAUGAUCAUCACACGAGAGAGCGCAAACACUCUCCGGGCCCACAUCUUGGAGGUCGGAAGCUGCUGCAACGUCUUUGACUUUGUCGCCACCUAUGCCCGGAAGCGGCAGCGUGGGAUUUGUGUCCUUAGCAGAAGCGGCACCGUCACCAACAUCACGUUUCGGCAGCUCGCCGCAGCCGGAUUCGUGGUGACCCUCCACGGAAGGUUCGAGAUAAUUUCCCUUUCAGGAUCGUUCUUGCCCUCGCCUGCGCCACCGGGCGCCACCAGCCUCACUGUAUUUUUGGCCGGUGGACAAGGUCAGGUGGUUGGUGGGAAUGUUGUUGGAGCCUUAAUUGCAGCCGGUUCGGCCAUUGUGAUAGCUUCCUCUUUCACGAACGUGGCAUAUGACUCAUUUUUUGUUACAUUUUACUCAUUUCAUGUUACGUAA